AUGAUCAAGUCAGAUACAUCCGUAUCGAACAAUUUUGAUCGACCAAAAUUGUUACUUUUCAAAUUUCUAGCUCAUCAAAUUCACCCAUUUGCAUAUGCAGUCAAUACGUUUCUUCGACCAGCUUUGGACGACUGUCUAGAAUUGAUGCGUAGUAGCCCACAAGAUACAUUCAACGUUUUGUUAUCCCUUUCACAAACGUUUACAAGAUUUGCACCAGAAACCGAGCUAAUCUACGAUGAUAUUCAACAAUUUGCCAUUAAGUUGAAAGACGCCAUGGAUCAAUGUUUCACACAACUCGAUCCGGAUACGAUUCAACAAUCAUCACAAUUACUGCAAUCAACACAUGAAAAUUUGCUAGAAAUUAUUCAUCAACAAGCGACAGAAAACAAAACGUAUACGAAUAUGUAUAAAAAUAUGUCAGCUGUACUAACAAACUUGGAAAAGAUUAAUUCAUUACCUAUGGAAAUGCAAACUAUGGAAACAAUAAAUCCUAUGCAAAAACUGAAUAUCAACGGAAGAAAAGAUUCAAUUCCUCAGCAUGAAUAUGCUUCUAAACCUAUCGUUACACCUUCGAAUCGAACAACAACUGUCACUCCACCACCUGGUAUCGCACCAUUUUCAAACGGUCAAUCAUCAAAAAUAUUCCCCCCAUCAAUACCAAAUCAAACUCAUUUAUCUCGAGGCCAACCGAAUUCUGCUACAUCCAUGUUCAUCCCUCCGAUAGAUCAAAUGAAAACUCUUACAGUUUCUUCAACAUCAUCAUCUGCUCCACUUGUCACAUCACCUAAGUCGUCCUUACCUACACGAUCCGUACCAUCUGUAGAUUGUUUCAAUGGAUAUGAAAUUGUCGAUACAAGUACACAACCAUUGAAAAAACCAACAACAACAAUAGCUUCGUUUCCACCACGUCAAAAUGCGUCUUUGUUUACCUCAGCGACACCAGCGAACGAGAAACCCGUGGCAACAAAAACGAUUCAUGCAAAUGGUCAUCAUUCAGCACCGUUAGUCAAUGAUGAUCAGCCAUGGACUCAAGCAAAACCGAAUUUUCAAAAUAAAGUGACAAAUGGAAUUAAUAACAAUCAAGUACGAAUCACACCAACACCGUCAAUUGAUGGUAGUAUUCGCUUUGGCAGUGUAUCAGGACUACGUGCAACAUCGGUGACAUCCUCUGCUCAUGAAAAUAACGAUGAUGAUGAUGACGACGACUGGGAUGAAAGUACUAGUCAACGUUACAAUAGAACCAAUCGAUUCGCCACUCCAACAUCUACCAAUUCUGAAUGGAAUUCGUUGAAAGACAAUCGUUUGAGUAUUGAUAAUCAAUCGUAUUUCGAUCGUACUAAAUCUUUAACACAUCCUCAUGUAACUGAUGAAUAUAUGCAAGAAUUCGGAACGAAACAAAAUCGUCCUGCCCUACGCGGUGAACUGUGCAUGACAUUUGGCACACCACAAAGUGGUCCACAAACAACGUGUAUGCCAAUCGGUGUGGGUUUAUCCUAUGACGAACUAACAUUACUAUCAUGUGAUGUUCAUCGAAGUGCUCAACAUGUUCGACUAUUCGAUAUUCAAACGGGACGAUUGAAACAUAUCAUAUCAAGCACUCCGCAAAUGAAACUUCAUCGUCCAGGUGCAAUUAUGAGUAAUGCACGGAACAAUAUUUUAAUCGUUGAGAAAGAUUCAAUCUAUGUCACUGAGCCCGAUGGUCGUCUAGUACAAACAUUUGGACAUCGUUCAGUCAAACAACUAUACGGCAUUGCUUCAUUUCGUGAUCGUUAUCUCUUAACCAUCGACUCCAAAGCAGUGGACAAUCAAUCAGCAGAAGCAUGUCGUAUACUUCUAUUUGAUCCGAAUAGUGGCCAAUUAGUAUUCGAUCAAAACAUCGAAGUUAAUCAACAAUCAGAUAAUAUUUUUACUAGUCAAUAUAAAAAUUAUAUACAAGGAAACAUUCUGCCAGAAUCAACGAGCAAACCGAGAUUUCUAGCUGUACAAAAUGAUAAUAUCUACAUUGCCGAUCUUGGUCGUAGUUUAAUUUAUGGUACAAGUCUUCGAAAUCAAUUUGAUUUGAGUUGCACAACUGUUUUCGGUGGUCAUGGACGAGGAAAUGGUGCUAUGCAUGAUCCCUCAGGUCUAUUCAUUGAUUCCGGUGGAAACAUUAUCAGUGCUGAUAGUAAAAAUGAUCGCGUUCAAUUAUUUUCACCGAUGGGUCAGUACAAAACGACAUUUAAAUUAAAUGAACGUAUUCGACGUCCAUCUGGCAUAUGCUCGAAUCGUGCUGGUACACAAUUCUAUGUUUCAUGUUACUUGGCUGGUUGUGUUCGAGCAUUUGACAUUGGAUACUAA